AAACACGUGUCCCGUCCUUCUGGGCGUGGCCAGCAGCCUCCCAGUGCUUUUUGUGUGGCUAACUUGUGAGCGCUGCGUUACAGAGCCGCCGGUUUCCGCAUAGCGGAUUAGUGGAGAGACUUUGAGCCGUGCUCUUAGAAGGAAAUACGCGACAAUGAGUUCGACAAACACUUUUCAGGGCCUUGAGGAAGGCGGAAAACCGAGUUCGAGGGUUUUGCGACCUCCUGGUGGAGGCAGCAGCAACAUAUUCGGUGGCUAUGAGGACGAUGCCGGUGCUUCGAGACGGCAAAACAAGAUGGCCUCCUCGAUUUUCGCCCCUCCAGAGGAGCCUCAAGGAGGCCCCAAACGCUCCAACCCUCCAGGUGGAAAGAGCAGUGGGAUUUUCGCCGAGCCCGAGGCUUCUUCCCCGAAACAUAAGCCCGUGCCUCCAGGUGGAGCGGGUAACAACAUCUUUGGAGGGCCAGAGUCAAACCUGCCUACAGCUAAGAGUCAUCCCAACAAACCAAAGGACAACAUAAGUUUGGGUUCAGCUGUUACAGUUGAAGCACCAGCGCCUCAGCCAAAGAAGAUAGAGGAAGUGAAGAAGGAGGUGGCUGUCUCUCCUCAGCCUACCCCCACAAAAGAAGCUCCCCCUCCUGAACCCACAGCCAGUCAGGAUGCGGAGCCGUUCCCCGGACAGCCGACGGAGAAGGACCACGAGCCGCGCCUCGGACCCCGGCCACGCUCACACAACAGAGUGCUCAACCCGCCUGGUGGAAAGUCCAGUGUGGUCUUCUACUGACCAGCGCUGUGUUCUCUGUCUCAAUCACUCUCUCGCUCUGUUCUGUCUUAUUAACACUGCUACUUACUUUUUUAAUCACUUACCUUCUUCAUGGUCUGUUAUUUUCUUUGUUUUUUCGUAUACCUUGGUUUAGUUUUCCCUCUUGCACUUUCCAACUCAUUCCUUAAACAACCCUCUUCCUUGCUAUCUGACGGUUUGAGUAACGGUUGCGCUCAAUCAAUCAAAUGGUUCCUUUCUCAUCAAUCACACUUGGAGGUUGAUUGUUUUAUGUGAAUGUGUUCUCUGAAUUUGAUAUUGUAUAGAAUACAGGUCUGAUGAUGAAAUGUAAAGUGUGUGUAUGUAACAGUAAACUGGAACCACUGUCGUAAUAAUGGCGCAUGUAUGUAUCUCAGUCUGAGUAUGUCCUCAUGCAGCAGUUCACAAUCCCCGUCCCACUGCUCUGCAAGCUUUGCUGCAUGGUGCUCAGCCCGGUGUGUUAGAGCGUAGAAAACACAAAACCAGCAAUAAGUCCUGAGGACUGAGAAGUUUUGUUCUAGCAUAGCUCUGAAAUUUAGCUGUAAUCAGCUAAAUAAUAGUGUGAUGAAUUCUUCCUUUUUUUUUUUUUUUUUUUCCUACUUCUCAUUGGAGAUUACAGUGCCAUUGGGUUCUUGAGCAGUAUAGGGAUGUAGGAUCUAGUAGCAUCCCUUUUUUUUUUUCCUGUUACACCAUAUGCUUAGGAACACACACUGUUCAAGGAAAUGCAGCCCAACAAUACCAAAAUGAUCAAACCAAAAAGUCCACACAGAUGAUCGGAUUGUAACACACACAAAUACAGUAGCACAAAAGGCUGACUCAAGAGUAUGCUCAUACUCAGCAUGGGUUCUUUAGCAAAAAAUAAAUCAACAUGUCAUUUUAGUUGAAUACAUAAAUCUAAAGGUAUUUGGAACAUCAGAAAUAUUCUCUCUUGCAAGAAAAUGCUCUGGAUAAACAGAUGUUCUGAUAAUUAUUUUGUACCAAAUACCAAAGUGUUAUGUUUUCACACUUGAAUCUGUUUUUCCUUCCUACACCUCGAGCUGCCGGUUUAAAUUAAAACUGCAGCAGGGAGGCAGGCAGGCGGCGCACGUUUGUGUGAAAGUGUGUUUCUCACAUGCUGAUGGAAGCACUGCCCAAAGUGCCUGUGUGGUUGAACGGCAAUGUCACAGAAAACUGUGUUACAAUAAACAUCUAUUUUGAUGAUUCAUA